AUGGCCAACACCGUGGGCUGGCGCGACUUUAAAGCUCAAUUCUUAGCUUAUAUCAUAGUCUGCGGUUUACUUGCAAUCUUCUUCCUACUAUACUUUAAUAGAGCCUUUGCCUCCAUCGUCUCCUACUUUAUCCGCACCUAUACCUGGCAUCGAUACCGGAUCUAUAUUGACAUACAAGCGAUACAAUGGUCCCUGCUUGGUGGUCGUAUCUUCUUUACCGGCCUUCGAUACCAUGGAAAUAACGAGACUAUCUUUAUUCAGAAUGGACAUAUCACCUGGUCAUACUGGCUGCGCAGGGUACGCGAUGUUGGGCUGGGUGAUGGUAAAAAGAAAAAGGAGUCCGGGGACGGUAAUAUAUCAGAUACUAGGAAACAAGCGGAGCUCCCCUGCCGUGUCAAUGUCGUCGUUUCUGGGAUCGAGUGGUUCGUUUAUAACCGUAGCGCCGCCUACGACUCCAUGCUUGAAGCAAUGUCUGUCCCUCCUCUGUCUAAGCACGGCGAUACACUUGACAGAACCGAGGGCCUGGUGAAUAGCCCGGCGAAGCCACGACAGCGGCUUCGCAAAUCUCAUGAGAAGUCUGAGCAUCUCGAAGAAGCUGGGCAAGAGUAUGUUGAUGAGAAGGAUGGGCUUGAGACCCGCCCCCGGAGGGCUUUCAAAUCUACUUCUACCUCCGAUGGUGACUUUGAGACGGCGGAUAAGGGAGACUUACCUCAAAUAUUGCAAUUACUCCCAAUUCAUUUUAGAUGUGACAAGGCAGCCCUUGUUAUGGGAAAUGAGAAUACUAAGGCCGUUCUUAUUAUAAAGUCUAAGGGCCUAUCAGGAGAAGUUGAUGCGAGCGAUUGUCAGACUCCGGAUCCCUAUCGACAGCUUUUUAAGAUACAUUUUGACAAUCCAGUACUUGAGAUGAGGGAAAAUGAUGGGUUCAAGGAAGAGCAACUCGCUAGGGCUGUCAAGGACGAACAAGUCGCAAAAGCCACCAGUCCUGUACCCCCAAGAACAUUUCUUCGGAGACAACGCCGCAAAGUAGUUGGACAAUUGCGGAAUAUGGUUCCAUAUUGGCGGAAGUCGGUCGAAUCCUUUUCGGCAAAUUCUCAAGAUGAAGAUGGACCUAAUGAAACCCGCAUACCAGGCUCCAACCAAUGGCAAGGGCUUUCCCGGUAUCUCAGUGACGGCGAUGAUGAUGAUAGACUUCGAUGGUCGUCAGUCGAGUAUGCCAAGGUGAAUCCGGUGGUUGACAGUCCUAAGGGAACGUUAACAAUACUCUGGGAUGUUCCCGGAAAAGUCACGCCACGUGGUACAGUGUAUUCAUCAAAUGAUGUAUCCGAUGAUAUCAAUGGAACCGUCGCGCCGGCCUGGGCGAUCAGCCUGUCUUUGAGCGGUGGCACAAUAAAUUACGGGCCGUGGGCAGACAGACAACGAGCUGAACUUCAGAAGGUAUUUUUCCCGGGUUUAUGCAAGGAUGCAACUCCCGCUCAGAGGCUACCAUUCGGCGCGGACCGUGUACCUACACGGUUUAAUUUCUAUUUGCAAUUUGAUGAAGAGGUUAUAUUACGAGUUCCUACCCGUGAAGACUCCAAGAAUUGGAAGUGGAAAAACGAGGCUCUUACAUUGAGGCAGCAUCACAAGCAAGGCAAUCGACGUGAAAGAGGCAGGAGUCAAAAGUCUACCGCAACUACAGCCGCAGAACAACGUCCGAUCGGGUGGCUCGACAUCAAGGUUGCGGCGAAUGCUACCAUCUCGUAUGAUAUGGAUAUGCUAGCCAGGUCAACCGGAUAUACGAACACUCUGAAAAUCGAUCUUCCCGCAACCGAAGUCUCGACUAGCGUAAACCAUGGGCUCUUAUGGCGAUCUGGGCGCCUGCAAAUUUCCUGUGACUUGUCUACGCCCCUGAAAUGGAAUGGCCUCCGUACUUGGCGUUUUGACAUAGAGGGUGACGGGCUCGAGCUUUUCAUUCUGAGAGAUCAUAUAUUUCUGCUCGUUGAUCUCAUAGACGACUGGGGAAGCGGGCCACCGGCUGAAUACCUUUUAUUCACUCCUUUUAGAUACCUCCUUAACUUGCGACUUCUCAACCUAAAGCUUUAUCUCAACGUCAACGAUGUGAACAUCGUCAACGACCCAAUCAACUUCGAGGAGAACACGUAUCUAGUCCUAUCCAGCCCCCGUCUGGUAGUAGACACUUCCAUACCAUUAGAUAACUAUCGUCCCACGAAAAAUGCGAUACCUUUUAAAGUCACGGCCGACCCUCUACGCCUCGGCUUGCACGUGCCACCAUGGAAUACUCAAGCGACGUUCUUAGCUUCAAAAGACAUAGGACACCUUGAAAGCCUAACUAUCCAAGGAAAUUAUAAUUACAAUGCAACGACUUCACCUGCAAAUACUGACACGCUCGUCCUCGAUGUCUCCGGCCAGUCCCUUACUGCCCGCAUUUAUGGCUUCCUUGUUCGUUAUUUCUUACAAAUGAAAGACAAUUAUUUUGGCGACAAUAUCCAUUUCAAGACACUGGAUGAGCACCAAGAAGCCUUACGGGCCAAAGGAGCUGAACCAGAUGCUCAGCCUGAGGAUCGUCCUCCGCAUAAGAAAUCAAAUGAUCUAGAUGUGAUACUAAGCAUCCGCGCUGACGACCCUAGGCUUUUUCUGCCUGCCAACAUGUACUCUGCAAAACGAUAUAUACCAAUCGAGGCUGCCUCUAUAGCCCUUGACCUUCGAUUUACCAAUUAUUAUAUGGAUCUUGAGCUAUGCAUCAGUCCCCUAAGUCUUUCCCUCUGUGGCGAGGAAGAUGGAGGCAUCAGCCCAAUGAGUGCUAUACCGAGCACUCAGCUUUUCAUCGAUGGCCUAGAUAUACAUGGGCACCGUUUAUUUGGCUUACCACCUAUUGAGCCAACAUAUCUCUGUAAUUGGGACCUAAAAGCUGGAUCAGUCACGGGGGAUUGUUCAACCGAUUUUCUGACUACUCUUAUAAGAGCAGGAAAAGCAUUUGGCUUUACGCUUGAUGACGACGAGAACGCGUUGAUUCCCUUUUCUUCUAUUGUGGUGUAUGAUGUAACAUUUUUGCGUGUCUUCGUUGAGUCAGUUCAAGUCUGGGUACAUGUGGAUGAGGCGGCGUUCUUGUUUUCCACUGCAGCAGUCGAUAUUCAAUUCAAUGACUGGGCGCGAACACACUACUCAAGACGCGCAGAUAUAAAGGUGCCGAAUCUUGAGAUUGCUUGUGUUAACUCGGAAUCAGCGACGAGACAUAGGUCACGGCCCCGUUCUCAUGUUGAUACGGACGUCUUUCUCCGAACAAAUGUACAUUUUGCACUUAUUGGGCGCAAGUAUGACUUUGCACAGGAGAGGCUAUUACAACAGGAACUUGUACGCCGCCAUGACCAGCGUACGCAUCGGGCGGACUUCUUGCUACUUCCGGGCCUUCUGAAUGACUUCGCGUCCGAUCCUGUCGACAACCCGGCUCAAAGCGUUCCCCCAGUUCCCCAGCCAGCUUUAUCUAGAUCUGUUGCCGACAAAGCGUCUUUAUCAUCUUUAGGCUCCUCGAAUCGUUCCGCCAGACUUCGUCAUAAGAGCUCGUUCCUUUCAUUAGCCAGCUCGUAUAGUGGGAGCAUUCUACGACCAGGCUCUAUUAGGACCGCGCAACGAUCCCGGGCUUCCGGCCGUGCAGUCCCGAAUUCCGUGCCAUUCAAAGAUAGCGAAUCUAAACGAGUUAUUCAUUCCCGCGAAUACUCGGGGCACUUUAGCGCUUAUGGUGAGUCCGGGGAUAAGAGGGAACCGCCACAUAGCAGCAUAACAUUCUCGAGCCAAUACUAUGCUCCUUCAUUUCCUUUACAAAACGUCAGACCAGAUACCAAAGAAGCGACAUUUCACAGUAUCGAAGAGGACGAAAAUGACGGUCUAGACUCUUCGGGUUUUAGCUUGGACAGCCUACCACCUGACCAACUAAAUCAAAAUUGUGCCCACCAGAGUCUACUCCUUGAGCUUCCUUCCGGGAUUACCGUUUUCCUUAACGCUCCAUCUCUGCGAUGUAUAGCGUCUUUGAUACGAGCUUUACCACCUUCCGACCCGGAGGAUAUUCUUGAUACUAUCCACAUAGGAACGGUAACAGACAUAUUUGAUACACAAAAACAAGCACAAGUAAACGGGACUAUUACUGAUUUUGUCGUCCGGUUGCCGCAAGCAAACUUGCGCUUCUUGAACUGUUCUAAUACCGAUUCUACCGAUCCAUCACAAGAGCCGCAAGAUCAGUAUGAUGUGUCGUUCAAACAACUCGUGCUUGCUACUCGAUCCGGAUCCCCGGCUGACGUGGCUGAUGGCAAUGGAGAUUCUCGGUUAUCCUUUCAUUUCCGACUCGCUUCAUUGCAGGUCUCGGCCGCCGAGAGGCUUGCAGGCCUAGACCAGACGCAGGCCGCCGUAUUGGCCAAGAUAGAGAGAGUUAUGGUGUCCAUGGGUACGAAAGAGGUGAACUAUAUUGAUGCAGAUAUAGGUGCUAUACAAGCUUCUUCGUCAUCGAGCAAAGUGGAAUACCUCGCUUCACUGAUUCAUCGAACGAAUGUGCUUGCAUCAGAGACGGGAAAGCUUUUCUCAGAAACCCUUUCGGUUGCAGACGAACGUUCGAAACAAUUCACGUACCAUGUUAUAAGUAAAGGGCAUAAUGCGAGCGACGCUUCUUUUGUCGUUCGACCCUCGGCUAUCCUACGGACAGCUUCUAAGCACCUUAGAACCUACGAUUCUUGGAAACUGGUUACACGGCUACGCCAGAUGUGGUCCGCACUAGAUGGCGAUACUAAAGAAAACCUAAGACGAGACUGUCUAUUUGGGUUUUCGCAAUGUCCUGCUGACAUGAGACAACAAGUUACAACAGCUUUCGAGCGAUGGCGCAGCUGGGAUCUCGAGGAUCCGGGACACGCAGUGCUCUUGAAUAAUAUUUUCGGCGAGAUGUCCAAGCCUAAAACCGAUACAUCUAAACGGAUUCCUAUGAUGGUCGUAGCCAGAAUACAAGAAAUUCAAUUUCUACUUGACCCUGGACCGAAACAGAACGAGGCUAUUAUAAUUGAUCUCACCGUGAGGGUCCAAGAGAGAAGUAAUAGCAUCGAAGCAAUUGACGAGAAGUCGGCCGAUAUUGGAGAACCCUUGACACUUGUCAACGUGUACUGCAGCGAAGCUGGUCUCAAGGCUAACUGGGAGCUUUGUGAACUCGCAGAUGACAUACUACGACUCUACAAGAAGUCAGAGCCUUCAGUAUCCGAAGAACCGCCACCAAAACAACAAGAUAUAGCUAAACGAAUAUCGCCUCGCCCACUCCAUGUGGUGCUUGUACUAGGAGAAGGUGCAAUCUCCCUAGAAGCUAUUAACUUGAGUACCAGACUGCAAAGCUCUGAGCUUAAACUGUCAAUACUUACAACUAGUAGUGCACAUGGUACUACAAGUUCAAAUCUCAUACUAGGCUUCGAUUCAGCUUCUACAAGGGUCAAGAGCCAUUCCCAGGUACUCGCCACUGCACGACUUCAACGCCCAAGCGUCAUUAUUGCACAUGAAGUACAAUUUGACGGACAGUCCUCGACACAUACUAUUAGGUCAGCGGCUAGUAGCCAAGAUCUCGAGUUUAUUGUGAAGCAGGAUCCAAUCGUGUUGGCCGAGGUUUUAGACUUACUAGUCAAGGAUGAAGUUGCGCAAUUAUAUGCUCUGGCGCAAAGAUUCCCUUCAUCCCCUGAGUCUGAACAAGAGAAGCGUACAGCAUCAGGACGACUCUCGACGAUCCAAGUCAAUUUGGCUAUGUUUCUAGACUCGUAUACCAUCUCGCUACCCUUACUACGGUCUCUUACUUAUACCAUUUCCGGUAUUGUAGCGCGAGCGAACAUGGCUGCUAACUUUGGUAAAGAGGUCAUACUGGACUUUGAUGUGAAGGAAAACUCACACAACAUAGAAAUCGAAGUCAAUAAUACACCACGUAGUAUCUCUUUGCUACAAAUACCACCAACAAACGGUCGCAUAACCAAUCACAUGGCUCCAGGGGAGCACUCAAUCACGGUGCUGGCGUCACUGGAGCUUGUCAAAUUAGACGCUUCGGCUGUCUAUAGCUUGCUUACCGCACUCAAUAGACCCGAAAUUUCAAAUGCUAUCAGCGAUCUUCAGGAGCAAGGUAGAAUAAUAAAAGAACAUGUCAACGAAGUUUUCGGCUCUUCCAGAACCGAGCCCGAAAAGCCAGCUUCGCCAGUAUCCAGCAAUUCGAAGCUUACAUACUCUGUCCAUGGUAGCCUUGCAGGACUUGAGAUAUGGGGUAAUGCACGGAUCAAAUCGGACACGGAACCAUAUGCGCGUCUAUCGUUUUGCUUGGAUGCUGUGCAAAUGCAGCUCACUAACAAGAUAGAUGGAGGACCAAUAUUAGAGAACCCCGAGAUACAUAUCAAUCUUCACCAGAUAAUGUUCAAUAUUGAGAAAGGCUCCGAGGAAAGUAUGAGAUCUUGCGGCAACCUCUCCCUCGGCGCGUUAAUCACCGCCACAAGCCGCGAAUCCGAAGAUGGGAUAGAGCUAAGAUCUUUCGACUUCAAGUCCAACGGGUUCGAGGUGAACCUGUCGUCGGAUACCGUGUCGACAUUCGUAGACGUACUUGGCUACAUGGGUGACAAGAUCAAAGACCUCGAUACGUCACGCGAACUAGAAUACUUACGGAAGUUAAGACAGUCGAAACCCCGUAUCGCUAUUAACGACGAAGAGCAGGACACGGAAAGUGAUAUAUUAGAUUCGUUCCUUUCCUCGAUCAUGUACUCAUUUGAGAUACGAAAUAUACAAUUCUGUUGGCUUGUCUCUACUCUAAAUCAACCGACAAUUGGCCAAGAGGACCUGGUCUUAUCCUUUAAACGAAUCGAAUUCGCUACGCGCAAGAAGAACUCAGCGAAGCUGACUAUCGAGGAUUUCCAAUUGCAAAUGGUUCCUCCAGGCCAGGACAAGUCUUUACGCUCUCUAAAUUCGGCGCUCCUACCAGAGGUAAUAUUCAACAUUGCCUUUGUCUCGACGGCAGAUGCUCGCCGGCUAGCCUUCCAGGCAGUAGGUAAAUCGUUGGAUUUACGAUUAACCUCUGCUUUUAUCGUUCCGGCAGCACAUCUCCAGGACUCGAUCAGCCUAUCAGCGAAGAAUGUUCAACGAGCUUCAGAGCACUGGGCGCCAAUAGUUAUGCCAGAGAAGGAGAUCUCCCGACCAGACCAGACUGUGGAAACGAGACGCUCAUUAUUCGGGAGCAGGAGACUAGAAUCACUUUUGAUUGAUGCUGACUUUGCCGGAGCUGUGGUACACCUCACUGGGAAAAAAUCUUCAGACGAACCCAGCGGCUCGAGGGAUCGUCCCGCACUAGCUGGCAAGUAUGGCCAGUUUAGUACAGACGAAACCGGCAGCAGCAUGGUGCUUCGUACCCCUGGCCUAGCCUGGAAGACAGAAUAUAGAGAUAACGGCCAAGAAGACCCAACUCUAUAUGGAGAGGUUAAAGUCGAUCCUUCACGCAACAUUCUCUACCCCACCAUCGUCCCUCUUAUUAUGGAUAUUACUUCUAGCAUCAAAGAGGUUGUAGGUGACGAUACGCCCGAAUCACCAGUAUCACCACCAAUACCGAGUGAAGAUUCUGUUAAAUCGAAAUCUGACGGCGACGAUAAACCAAAGCCUAAUAAUGAAGACAACAUUCUCACAGCUGAUCCGAGCGCCGUGUUAGGACGUGUGAAGCUGAAUUUAGGUCUGCGCAUUUGUCAACAGGAGUUUACUUUCAGUUGUCAACCCAUCGGCCGUGUUGCUGCUACGGCCCGCUUCGACGAUAUCUAUAUUACGAUGAAUACUGUUCAUGCGGUAGAGCAAGGCAACUUCUUCGCCAUCUCGGGCACUUUCAGCGGAUUCCAUACGUCUGUACAACACGUAUACUCGCGAGAGUCUACGGGUAGUUUUCAAGUCGAGUCCAUCGUGCUCUCGUUGAUGAACAGUAAGCACGUUAGUGGUACAAGUGGCCUCUCCGCCAUUUUGAAGGUCAGCCCGAUGGAGGUGGCGAUCAACGCGAAGCAGCUUCAAGACUUCCUACUCUUCCGAGAAAUCUGGAUUCCAGGGGAAGUUCGGCAAGGUACAGCAGCACCCGUUGCGACGGUAACAGCAGAAACAAUUGCGCAAGGGCAUCUUGUACAGAGAUACCAGCAAGUUGCCGCCACAGCAGCAUUCCCGUGGACAGCUACUAUCUCAAUUGAAGCCCUGAAUGUUGUUGUUGAUCUCGGACAAUCCCUCGGCAAGUCUAAGUUCGCUAUAUCCGAGUUCUGGGUUUCGUCAAAGAAAACUUCGGAUUGGGAGCAAAAUCUUUGUCUAGGCUUUGAAAAGAUCGGCGUGGAUUGCACUGGUCGACUGAGUGGAUUUGUUGCCCUCCAGAAAUUUAAGCUACGCACGUCCAUCGAAUGGCCAGAACGCGAGCAGGCGUUGAACGAAACGCCGAGGAUCCAAGCCUCAAUCAGUUUCAGCCAGUUCAGACUUAAAACUGCGUUCGACUAUCAAGCGUUCCUAGUUGCAGACAUUACGAGUAUGGAAUUCCUUAUGUACAAUGUGCGUGAGGAGAGAACGGCCUCUGGUGACAGACUGGUGGCGAUUCUUGAUGGAGAAGCCGUUCAAGUAUUCGGCACCACCACAUCAGCAGCUCAAAGUGUUGCCCUGUGGCAAGCUAUCCAGAAGCUUAUACAAGAGAGAAAGGCAAGCUACGAGACGUCGUUGCGAGAUAUCGAGAAGUUCAUGAAACGGAAAUCGAUCACGAACCAACCGUCUGCUCAACAGAUUAUCCCAAGCAAACCGCAGACCGACAAGUCCGACAUGAAGUCUCCAAUAUCCCUGAAUACGGAUGUGGUGGUGACGUUGAAGGCAGUUAAUCUCGGCAUCUUCCCCAGCACAUUCUCAGAUCAUCAAGUCUUCAAACUAGAGGCUCUUAACGCACAGGCAAGAUUCGCCGCGAGCAUGGAAGAUAAACGUAUCCAUAGUAUCCUGGGCAUGACUCUCGGGCAACUGCGCAUAGGUCUCGCAGGUGUACGUAGAGUCGAGGCGCCCAAGGCAGUCAGCGAGAUCUCAGUAGAAGACGUAGUCGCAAGCGCCACGGGGUCAAGAGGCGGCACUAUCCUAAAGGUUCCCAAGGUCGAAGCUAUGAUGCAGACGUCGCAAAGCCCGGAAUCCCGCACCAUCGAGUACAUAUUCAAGAGCUCAUUCGAGGGCAAGGUGGAAGUGGGAUGGAACUACUCGCGCAUCAGCUUCAUCCGCGGCAUGUGGGCGAACCACACCAAAGCGCUCGCGCAGACCUGGGGCCGCGAGAUCCCGACCAUGUCCGCGAUCAAAGUAACCGGGGUUCCCGAGGCAGAGCAAGAGCGCAAGGAAGGCGGCGAAAGGCAGAAAAUCACGGCCGAAGUCAAUGUCCCGCAGUCCAAGUACGAAUAUGUAGCCCUCGAACCGCCUGUUAUCGAAACGCCGCAGCUCAGGGACAUGGGCGAGGCAACGCCGCCGCUGGAGUGGAUUGGGUUGCAUAGAGAUCGCCUGCCGAAUCUUACGCAUCAGAUUGUGAUCGUCUCGCUGCUGGAGCUGGCGGGCGAAGUCGAGGAUGCGUAUGCGAAGAUUCUCGGGUCGUCGUAGGGGAAGAAAGAAAAAAAAGAAAAGGAGGAAGUACCUACCUACCUAAGCAAUGAGAAUGUAUUAUAUAUAUAAUAGGAGAGGUAGACGGAGAAAGGGAUGGAUGGAUGGAAUCAUCUCACCCUUGUUUUCUUUUAAUCAGCAUUGCAUGCAUAGCAGGGCGCAACAGAGAAAAUAAUAUUUGUUUGUUCGUUUCAGAAACGGGGAAUAGGAAUAGGAGUUUCGGGGGAUAACAUAUAUAUAUAUAUAUAUACUCUGGUACCCAAGUACCUAUAAUCAAAAUUGGUAUUCUA